AAGGAAUAGGGAACCGACGCAUUUGUGGCGUUCGGGGGGGGGGGCUCCGUGUACAGGUGUGGUCACGUGUGUGAACGUUCAGACGUACAGAGAGGCGUUUUGGGUUCAGAAAUGAUGAUUCUUCCUCGAGCUGUGAUCAGUAUGCUAAUUGAAGUGCUAGGUAUAUAAGAUAUCAGUUCAAACGCGCGAUGCUUCAAGGGCAGGGGUUCUGCUGGCUGCUGGCCGAACCGGACACGCCAAGCCCGAGCCGUCCUACUUGUCCUGUGUUCCGGCGGAAAGGCGGGCGAGCGAUCCGGAGGGGUGGACCGGGAUCGCAUUUUUCCCAGGGGCAGACUCUCUUCUUCCAACACAUACAAAAAAUGUGCCUGUUUUCCCUUACACAGCGGACGGACGCUCGCUCAGGGCCCCGGUUGUUCUUUCUUGCAGAGGAUGCCGAGGCGUGGGGGGAGGCGGGCCCGGUUCUCAGCCCGUCUCCGCUCAAGGCACAUUUGAGGAGCCGAGACUGGCACCACCCCUGAGUUACCAACAUAGCAACUGAAAACUCCAGAUGCCUAGUUUGUCUCCUUCAAGGAAGCAUAAGUGACCAUUAACCUCCAGAUAAGCAUAAUCUUUUGUGGAAUACUCUUCGUAAUGACAGAUCCAGCAGCUUUCCACUGUCCGAACUGUGAGAUGAGCUUCCGCUCCAGGCAACUAUUAGAGAAACACAUGGAUAAAUUCUGCAUUGGACAAGAAACAACAACUGUGACUGGUGCUAAACACCAGAACAGGCAAGCAAUGCAUAAGAGGAAAGAGCCUAAGAAAGCAGAGACACCAGACAGCUUGUAUCAUGAGCAACAAGCGCCAAAACCAAAGAGGCACCAACCUAGACACUUUGAAGAAGAGGAAUACAGGCAACAAACAGCUCACUUGAGGAGCCUUGACUAUGCAGGAAGUGUUUCCGACAGCCAGGCCUUGAAGAAAUUGACUGAAGAGUUCCAGAAACUGAGAAAGUCACUGGAAAAUACACACUCAACAUUCAGGAACUUCCAGACCGAGGAUGACAACAGCUACCAGAGCCUGCACCAGUGGGAAUAUUGGCAGCGCCAGCAACAAAUGGCAGAAGCACAUGAGCGCCAGUUAGCUGUUAUCCAAGCCAGAAGCCAGCAUCUAGAGCAGCAGAAGGAUGAGAUCCACAAGCGCUUGUCGGAUCUUAAACAAGGGAAUUCAUCCACAACUCACAUAGAACAGCUGCUGGUUGAACUGAAUGCCCAGGAGGAAAAGAACCAACUGGCUUUGGAUACCCUGCGGGAACAGGUGGACCUUUUGCAAGUAGUAGCAGAAAGCAGAAGCAAACCAGAACCUCCAACCAAGGUAAAAACUGAAAGUGCUGCUGAUAAGGUGGAGGAGAAGGCCACUUUCAAGUCUAUGUUAUUUCCAAUAGCUGUUGGACCACUUUCUUCAGAGAUACAGGCUGUCUACCUGGCAUACGUGCAGAGUGGAGGUAGUGACCACAACAUCCUCCGUCAGAUGUAUGAGCUGCAAGUGGAGGCUGUGGCACUGGAGAAAACUAAAGGAAGGCCUGAACACAAGGCCAGAAAAAAGAAACAUGAAGGUAACUCUAGUACCUACCCAUGGGGCAUGGAUGCUGAACUCCUAUCUGUUCAGCUGGAGAAUCAGCGGCUGGAAGAUGAAAUACUAAAGUUAAGGGUCCUGAAGGACAGAAGAAGAAAUGAAGUUGGAUCUUUGGAUGCAGAGCUGGCCAAGCUACAGCGGGUACAUAUGGCAGAGAUGGCUCAGCUGCAUGCUGAGAUUGACAAGCUAAGACAUGACACAGAGAGGAUGAAAACGCAGUGGCCCAGGAGAGGAAUACCACCCCUCCUGCCACCUCCUGUUGCUCCUCCUCUACCACCACCUCCCCCACAUCACCUUCCAGACCCUACCUUUCUGGCUAACAGUAUGGACUCCAGGAGAUUGUCUGCCACAGCUACCAGCCAUUACUUCCUGGAUCCCUCUGACACGCUGGGACCAGCUCCAUAUGAUCCUGCGUCUGGCUUUGUGAUAUUCUAUGAUUUCCUUUUGGGCCUGGAUCCCACAUUUUAUCAAGUUGGCCUGGUCUCUGGCCUGUAUCGUAACGAGCAAGUGUUGGGCAAGCCCACCCCACUGCCAGUUGUCUCCUCAGAUAUGGGCCUGUCCUCACAGUAUGUGAUGGGUGAACAAAGAGGGUGCUGUGCCAUCUUAGCAGCUAGACAACCAGUACCAAGAGCCCUUCCUUCAACCUCUAUUGCUGUUGUGAUUGAACUUCAAGCAUCUGGAGGCUUUGAUGCUUAUGGGCUAGAAAUCAAGAAUCUGGUCCCAAGAGGAUGGGCCAAAAUCACAGUUUUUGACCACCUGCAUCAGGUGAUGAGUGGGCGUUGGAAGGUCCCUAUCCGGGUGCUUCCUGUGAAGCCAGGCCUUACUGGAGAACAAUUGAAUAGUGUGCCUCAGGCUGGCAAAGCUGAGCUUCAUUUGCGACUGGUGAAUGCAAGAGAUGCUGACAUGCAGUCACUGGCUGAGAUACAUCCUGCCCAAGCCUCCCUGUACAAAUACCCUCCCACACUGCAGGCAUACAGUUCCACAGUUCUGCCUACAGACUUCCUUCCAGCCCAGCAUUCUUUACGCCCUGCCCACACCAGCCUGUCCUUUUCUGUCCCUUACACUGGCUUUGUUGACCCUCCUCCUAAUGAGGAGCAGCCUCUCCAGCACAAAUCUAACGCAAGGUGAGGAUAGAGGAAGACAACCUACCUGCCUCCCUCAUUCCUUCAAGACUUUCCUUCUGAUUAAAACCAAUCAGCAUAGAAAUGCUGAUACUGUAUCUACUACUCUGUGUCCAUCUCUGUGUGCUUUGUGUUCAAAUUAUUUACUAUCUGCUAUGGUGUACCACUCAUUUUUCUGGCAUUUACAGAGGAAAAUUAACCUUGAAAGCUACUUUUAAGCAUUUAUCAGCAUGCAUAAAGCUCAUCCAUCACCUCUGCAAACAGUAUACACUAUCAACUCAAUCUGUGCUGGCCCAUCUACAUUACAGGAGGAGAUAACAUUCAGCUCUUGUCUACAAUUGACCACAGUCCUCUAUGGCAAAAUAUUGAUCCAGUGUCACAUCACAACAGUGUAGCAAUUUGUGCAGCAGAGUAUGAGGUGGAAUUCCAACACAGCUGUUAGAUAAUUAUUUUUCCACCUUCUUCCUUAUUGUUUACAUGCCCCCAUCACUAAUCCAUCACACACACUCUCUCUUAUUGCCUUAGAGAUCAGGGCUAGUAAUAAAAAUUGAAUCUCCCUUUUCCAGAGAAAGCAACUUCUCAGAUUAUCAAGUGUUCUACAUUGCUGUUUUUCACUGCACACCUCGCUUAUGUGUCGCAGUGAAUGUAGUGCAACUACUCUAUUAAUUUAUUUUCAGUUUUAAAAUAUUUAAAUCAAAUCAAUCAGUCUCCAUUAACAGAGGUUGGCAGGUCUCUAAUUAUUUAUGCUCCUCCUCCUUGUUCCUGUCCUUCCGGAGGCUGGACAAUAUCAUGGACAUUUUUGGUUUUGGCUGCAGCAGUUCUAAAUGUAU